AGCAAUGCUGUGAAUGUUACUGAUGUUGUAUAAAACAAUGUAUGUCAUAAUUUUUUUAACAAAAAAAAUGGAACUGACUUCAAAGAUCUAUUUCAGUUAUUUUGAUUUUAACACUAAACCGAUAUUCAUGAAAAUGAAAUGGGACCAAUCUGGAAGUACUUUAAACAGAGUUUAAAAGUACUUCCAGAUUGGUCCAAUGGUGAUGGUGGUGGUGAUUGGUGUUUUGAUUAUUAUUCCACAUUAAUGUGUUGAUUAGUCUUCAUUUAAUACUAUGUAUAAUUUUUUUUAAAGAAUAUUUGCCAUAUCUUUUAUUAUAUGACCAAUAUUCCCAUUCCCCUCCAACUAGUCGACAGAGACUGUGCUAGGAGUGGGUACGACAAUACACCAACUGGGCGGGGAUUGAACCACCACCCCUCGGUGAAGAGUCCAGCUUCACCGUUGAGUUAUUUAUAUAUAAACUAGCGGAUGCCCGCGACUUCGUCCGCGUGAAACUCGAUGUAAACUUUCAACUACCGCUACCCUACCCCUACCCUACCCCUACCCUACCUCUACCCUACCCCUACCCUACCCCUACCCCUACCCUACUCCUACCCAACCCUACCCCUACCCUACCCCUACCCUACCCCUACCCCUACCCCUACCCUACCCUACCCCUACCCCUACCCUACCCCUACCCCGUUUUCUAAUUAUUAUUAAUAUGAACUUUAUACAAUAACAAUAAAGCUCAAAUUGACUACGUUUUAGUUACAAAUCAUUUGUAUGUAUAGUUUUUAAUUAACAAAUAAAAUAUAAGGGUUGAUCGUAGAGGGGUGAAAAUUUAGGGUUGUAUGUAUUUUGUAUGCUGUGUCAUAAAAAAAUAAAAACAAAAAAUUUUGCCUAAAAAAUAAAAAAAAAAAUUUAGGGGUGGACUACCCUUAACAUUUAGGGGUUUGAAAAAUAGAUGUUGGCCGAUUCUGAGACCUACUAAAUAUGCACAAAAAAUUUCAUCAAAAUCGGUCGAGCCGUUUCGGAGGAGUUCAAUGUCGAACACCGCGACACGAGAAUUUUAUAUAUUAGAUAGUGUUGGAGAUGAUUAUUGUCAUCAUAUGUAUGUUGCAUAACAGCUGAGUUUUCUUGCCUUUCUUUCUCAGCAGUUAGUAAGUUAUGAACGGGCUCAGUAAAAGAAAGUAUAACAAUGGAUAAAUAAAGAUCAUUUUAAUUUUAAUUUAUGAAAUACCCUCUAAUAAGUAAUGUUUAACCCAAGUAGUCAGUUGAAAUAAGUAGUAAGGUCCUAAAGUCUCCUCUCAGAAUGAGAGGGGUAAGGCUAAUAGUCCACCACGCUGGCCCAAUGCGGAUUGUCAGACUUCAUACACACAGAGAAUUAAGAAAAUUCUCAUGUACGCAGGUUUCCUCACGAUGUUUUCCUUCACCGUUUGAGACACGUGAUAUUUAAUUUCUUAAAAUGCACACAACUGAAAAGUUGGAGGUGCAUGCCACGGACCGGAUUCGAACCCACACCCUCCAGAAUCGGAGGCAGAGGUCCUCAUAUCCACUGGGCUCUCACGCUCAUCCAUCAUCAUCAAAUGAGUAGUAAUAAUAGUGAUUUAUUAUUGAGACAAUAAUAUGCACUUUCUAGUUACAGUUUUACUCGUUAUUAGUAGUGAACUAGCGGACGCCUGCGACUUCGUCCGCGUGGAAUUUAGUUUUUCACAAAUCCCUCGGGAACCAUGGAUUUUUUGAAAUGAAAAAGAAGACUAUAUGUUACUCCAUGCUAUAAUAUAUCUCAAUACCAAAUAUCAGCUAAUUCGGUACAGUAGUAGAGGCGUGAAAGAGUAACAAACCUUCAUAUCAUCACAAUCAUCAGUUUUCGCCAAUCUCGGGAAACCAUAGAUUUUUUGGGAUAAAAAAAUAGCAUAUGUGUUAAUCCAGACUAAACCUAUUUCUAUUCCAAAUUUUAGCCAAAUCGCUUCAGUAGUAGCGGCGUUAAACAUCCAAACAAACAGCCAUACAAACUUUCGCAUUUAUAAUAGUAGUUGAAUUUAGUUAUCCUGACAUUUACUUAUUUAUUUGUCAAUUGAUAUUAUGAUAUGAUAUAUUUAACAUUAUAGCUAUUUUCUGCUAACACGCUCCUGUCACAAGCCGCCCUAAAGUCUUGCAGUGGCGUGUGCAAGGCCUCAAACUAGGGUAGGCAUUACACUGUGUGAUUGUAAUAUUAAUGUUACAAAUAAAAUAAAAUUGUUGCACACCACACUAGGUUACAAAAAAUUAAUAAUUCUUACAAGAGCAAUUGCAUACGUUUUUAUAUUAAACUGCCACAAACCACUGGCAUGUCUCUCAAUAAUUUCAAAGUUUUUAUUAAAUGUAAGCUCAUAGAAAAGUCGUAUUAUAGUUUUAAUGAUUACGUAAACGACAAAAUUGCUUGGAAAUGAAAUGUAUUACAUGACAGGCUACUUUUAUACCUAUCGUUAAAUUGAGAUAAACUAAAAAAAAGAUAAACCUGGCUGAGUUUGUUGUGGGCUCUUCUCGGACCAAGGCGCCCUCGUAAUUUUAAUUUUAAGAUUUCGAAUAAUUAUUAUCACCAAUAACAUAAGUUUAAUAUUACCUGACGUUUCGAAAGAGCUUGUAAACUAAGCCUAUUUCAAAUAAUUGAAUUUUGAGUUUGAGUUUGAAAAGUUUUACUGUCGGGAAAUUAAAAAUUACGCGGAAUAAGGAUUUAAGGAUUUUCUUCCCGAAUCUGUGGAAUUUCACUUUGAUAUCCAGGAAAUUUGGACAAUAGACAUUGGUAACACUGCUCUACACGCAUCUUUGUACUCCUAAAUACUAGAACUCAUAACCGUAAAGCCAGUAUAUAAAAAAUCAUCCCAUAACAUAAUCAAAUCCCAUAACAUAAGACAAACUGUUAUUUUUACUGACUCCCUUAGCUGCUUAUAUUCCAUUAGGGAAAAUCCUUUUAGGAGUAAGUCAAAAUUUCCUAUUAUACUACAGAUUAGGGAAGCUUUGUUCUCGUGUCAUCAAUUUGGUUUGUCUAUAUUUCUAGCAUGGAUACCCAGCCACUCCGGUAUUUCUGGUAAUGAAUCUGCGGACUCUUGUGCUAAGGCAGCUGUACAACUUGGCUCAUUGGAACAUUUUAAAAAUUAUUCACAUGACCUUAGUACCUUAGCAAAAAAUCAUUUAGACAAAUCUUGGCAAACACUUUGGAACCAUUCAAAAACAUUUAAAGAAUGUGACUAACAACCACACUAACAAAAAAAAAAAAUCCGCUAUUUAUAGUGUCAAAAUUAAGCUGAAUAAUAAUCAAUUCUUGAUUCCCAGCUUACACCGAUCAACCUCUAAAAGUGUGUCUUCCUUACCACGCGACAUUGGCGAAGUAAAUUGUACCCAGUUGGUACAGCAGCAAGCCAUAAAAUCAAAAAUUGAAUUGAAUUGAGCUCUUCAAGUCAAGUCACCACCAAGUCACUGUCAAAUUGUCAUUUUUGUCACCUUAGCUGUCAAAUAUUUACGAAAUUCGAUUCGAUUUCGCCGUCGUAUUAAAUUGUUAUUGAUCUAUUUAAAAUAAAUUGUCGUAACGCGGAUUUUUAAUUAAAUCGUAGAAAUUAAGAAACACAUUACUAAAAACAGAAAGCCGAAAAGUAUCUCGUAGUUUAGUAAAGCUAAAAUCACGUUGCUAUUUAUCUCGUGAAACGUGAAGUGUUGCAUGAAUUUUGUGGUAAUUAAAUUAUAGAAUAAUAUUAACUGAUCUUAGGUGUUUCCUUUUAACGGUGGAGACUGGAGUAGUUUAUAGUGAGCUCAAAAAGCAGUAUCAGUUGAGGACUACUUGUAUUUAUUGUAUUCGUGACGAAGAACGACACACCAACGAUGCGGUGCUGCGUGCUUUUCUGCAAAAAUACUUCAGAUAAUGUGUCGACAUCUGAGAGAAACGGAAUUACCUUUCAUGCGUGAGUACAAUUAUUUAUCUCAUGAAUUUCGGCCAUAGACGUCAACCUCACAGACAACUUUACAAGUCUUGGUCAACCAGUCUUAUUCUGUCUACUAAGAUCUAAAAGCUACCGUAAUGUGUGUAGGUAAACUUGUGUAUAUCGUGAAUGUUCACCUCCAGCUUACCCAGUGAAGGCAAUCUCCGUACUGCUUGGCUCAGAGCCCUCGGCACACAAGACCAUCACCUGCCCGACCCUGCUGUGGUCUGCUCCCAGCACUUUCUGGAGGACGACUUUUGUACAACAGAGAGUUGUGUGAGACAGAUUAAUUCUCAUGCUAUUCCUUCAACAGUGCAGAUGUGCAGGAUAUGCCUGGACUCUGACAGCAAGCUGUUUCUAAUGAGUAAACACAAGUUGGAGGAGGCAUAUCAACAGCUGACUGGACUGUCUUUGUUUCAGCUGUGUCGUGGAACAAACCUGAAGCAAAUGCUCUGUGUGCUGUGUGCUCAGAGAUUGAUUAACUUCAGCAGAUUUAGAGACUUGUGCUUGAGAGCCCAUUCACUGAUGACAGACUUACUUGAACAAGAUGAAUUUAUUACUAUACAACAUAAGGAAUUGAUGAACUGUGCAACAAAACAUCUGCGGUGUAACUUAACGCGGACAACAUUAGGAGCUGACUGCUGUGACUUGUACAUAGAUCACACUGAUGAAGAGGAACAGACGGCAGCAGAAGAAUCUGUGGUGGGAGAUGGUGCUACACUUAUGCUGAAGCGUGAAGACAGUUCUGACUCCAUGUCAAAUGCUGAUAACUCAGAAUUGGUUCUUGAAGAUGACACUCAGAAAGACAAUUCCAACAAUGAGUGUGUAUCUGAAGAUGAAUACACUGACGUGAGCAUAAAGUUGGAAUCAAUGCUAGUGGAUGAAGCUAUACGUGAAGCUCUUGGUAGGAAAGUAGCAGUCACAGAACAUGUGACCGAGUCAGAGAGUUACAUAAAGAGUGAAAGUACUGUCUUUGGGUGCACAUUAUGUUUUGCAGACUUUGUGCAAGAAGAUGCAUACAAUGAACAUAUGAUCAUGUAUCUCCAGAACGGCGCAUGUGAUGCAUCACAAGUGUGCGAGCCUCGUGCAGCUGUGAGCCGCAGCUGUGACUCACUCGUGCUGCAGAACAAGACAGGAAGUCCGAGGCUGAAUGAUGCCCCUCCCCCGGCUGCAGGCUGCGCUCAGGCGACAGUCGCUCCACUGUCCGGGAGACUUGCGGCGAAAGACAUCAAAGUCGAGGCGACUGAGGAAGCAGCUGCGACCUGUAAAAGGGAACAAAUCCUUGAGACUGACAUUGGUGAACUGGACAACCAGUUGUCUCUAAGCAACGUCGUAAAAAGCACAAAUUGUGUAGUACCGAUAAAUAAUAAUUUCAAGAAACCUAAGAAAACUUUACUAGGUGAGAAUGCACGCGUGAAAAUCCACACUGGUGCGAAGGCUUACUCAGAGGCAUGCAAUUAUAAAAAUGAAAACGAAAAUCAUUUAUUAAUACGCAAAACCCACACAGGCGAUAAACCUUAUUCCUGUGAGUUGUGCAGUUAUAAAUCUGCAGAUAAAAUCGCUCCACUGUCCGCGAGACUUGAAGCAAACGACUACAAAGUGCAGGCAACUGAAGAAGUAGCUGCGACCUGGAAAAGUGAACAAAUCCUUGAGACUGACAUUGGUGAACUGGACAACCAGUUGUCUCAAAGCAACAUCAAAACAUUAUGUAUGUAUGACAUACAUAGAUUAACAAAUUGUGUAGUACGGUUAUUUGAUAUUUUCAAGAAACCCAAGAAAACUGUACUAGAUCAGAAUCCACGCGUGAAAACCCACACUGGUGCAAAGCUUUACUCUUGUGAUACAUGCAAAUAUAAAACUGCAAACAGCUACAAUUUUUCAAGACAUAAGAGAACCCAUACUGAUGAAAAGCCUUAUUCCUGUGAGACAUGCAAUUUUAAAACAGCCGACAGAAGUAUUUUAUUAAGACAUAAAAUAAGCCACACUGGCGAAAAACCCCAUUAUUGUGAGAUAUGCAAUUUUAAAUGUAUACAGAAAAGUAAUUUAUUAAUGCACAAAAGAAGCCACACUGACGAAAAGCCUUAUAGUUGUGAUAUAUGCAAUUAUAAAUGUUUACGAAAAGCAGAUUUAUUAAGACACAUAAUAACCCACACUGGCGAUAAGCCUUACUCUUGUGAGACGUGCAAUUAUAAAACUGCAAACAGCUAUAAUUUUUUAAGACAUAAAAGGACCCACACUGGUGAGAAGCCCUAUUCCUGUGAGACAUGCAGUUUUAAAACGGCCGAUAAAAGUAUUUUAUUAAGACAUAAAAGAAGCCACACUGUCGAAAAGCCUUUUUCUUGUGAUACAUGCAAUUAUAAAACUGCAAGGAAAAGUCAUUUAUUAAAACACAAAAGAACCCACACUGAUGAAAAGCCUUUUCGUGAGAGAGAAGCAAUGCUGUGAAUGAAAAUGAUUUUGUCUGCAUAUCGCUGUCUCGCACAUCUCAUCGCAAAAGUAAAGAAAGUGAUGUUUAUGCUAUCUCUGUUGUUGCACAAUGUGUACACAAAAUGAUCUGUGCUGAACCAGUGGCGUGCACAGGUGCAGCAAUGCACUGCUUACCCGAACACUCAUUACGAACCUGUAUCUCCAAUUUGUACGCACUAUGCCUACCCUAGUUAGAGACCUUAUGCACGCUACUGUGCACAACAGAACAAGCGUACAAUUACAAAUACCUAGACUUACAGGGCUGGUUAAAUAAAAGCUUAUAAAAAAAAAGUAUUGAUGUUUCAUUA